AAGAAGAGUCUCAACUCUCAACCAUGAGAACUAGCUGCUACCUAAGUUUCCCCCCUUCUACUUCAAACGCUUCUCUCGUCCCCACAAAGCCACCUCAAGUUUCACUGGUGAAAAACGAAAGAUGUUGGAGAAGGCAAUGCGUAGUGGUGAUGGGAGUGGCAUCGUGUUGCACCAUAAUUGGACUAGAAAUGUGCAAUUCAGUGGCACUGCCUCAUGAAGCCGUUGUUUCGGAGGAGAGUGUGACGGUGUUAAUUGUCGAAGAGGUAUCAAAUAAUUCAUCACUUUCCAACGUUGGUGCCAAAUGGAGUGAGAAAAGAACGUGCCCACCUUGGCGUGGCAACUCGCUUGAAACCAUCGUGCCGGAGAAUCUUCCACGGCCAUCCGCACGGCGGAGAUAUGAGUCCGUUCGUUCCACUUCCAAGACUGCGCCGCCGCUUUCAGCACCCAUCAAACUUCAAAGCAACAAGGGCAACUGCUUCUCUAUGUGA